AUGUUUUGGGCUACCUCAGGUCCUGGCUUCUGGGGCGCGGCUGCAGGAUGCCUGUUCUUACUCUGGGUCACCUACAGCAUCAUCUACGCGUUUUGCUGGUCUCCUCUGCGCCACUUCCCCGGUCCAAAGCUAUGGGCAAUAUCUCGCAUCCCGUCUAAUCUUUCCGUCCUCCGUGGCCAUAACCACUUGGACAUUCUGGCGCUGCACAAGCAGUACGGUCCCAUCUUGCGCCUUGGACCCAAUGAGCUGGCCUUCAACACACCACAGGCCUUUCGCGAUAUCUACGGUGCCAGAUCUGGCGGUUGCUUCCCAAAAGAUCGGAGCCAAUAUGUAGCCCCAGCGAAUGGGGUUGAUCAUUUGGUCUGUGCGGUUGAUAAUGCGACCCACGCAAGACAGAGACGGCUGCUAUCCCAUGCUUUCUCUGAGAAGGCUUUAAGAGAUCAAGAAGGCCUUAUCACAGCUUACGUUGAUACCUUGAUUACCAAACUACGGUCUCAAGUUCGGCAGGGGACGUCCAUCGUCGAUAUAAUAAGUUGGAUGAACUUUACCACCUUUGAUAUCACCGGCGAUCUGAUGUUCGGCGAGUCCUUCGACUGCCUGAAGGACAGCCAGCUUCACCCGUGGAUUAAGUUGAUCUUCAGCUCCAUGAAGGCCAUUGCCUUUAUUGGAGCUGCGAAUCAGUUCCCUAUGCUCAAGGGCCUCCUAGACUUAUUCAUCCCACGAGAAGUCAAGCGCGUCGGCCAGGAACACUUUGAGCUGAGUGCACAGAAGGUCGAUCGACGCUUGGAGUGGAAUAUGACUCGUCCGGACUUUAUGUCUGCUAUUCUCCAGCAUGGACUUAGCGAGGAGAAGGGCCAGUAUCGCGAAAGCGAGCGUAUUAUGACACGGGCUGAGAUUCAUUCUAAUGGUUUUAUUCUAAUCGUGGCAGGUAGCGAAACAUCCGCAACGCUACUAUCCGGCUGUAUCUUCUAUUUGUGUACAGCCCCACAUGUCAUGAGCCGCCUCGUCGCCGAGAUCCGCUCGACUUUCAAACAGGACAGUGACAUGACCUUCCGCGCCGUAGAGGAACUCAAGUACAUGAAUGCUGUCAUCGAGGAGUCGUUGCGUAUCUACCCGCCCUUCGUGACGAGUCUGUCGCGCAUUGUACCGCAAGGCGGAGCAGUUGUGAACGGCCAUUUUCUCCCUGAGGAUACAGCUGUGGCAUGUCACCACUACGCCUCCUAUCACUCCGAGUCCAACUUCGCCUUCCCGGAUGAGUUCAUGCCAGAGCGCUGGCUGGGCUCCGACCCGGUCUUUGAGAAUGAUAAGAAAGAUGUCCUGCAGCCAUUCAGUCUCGGUCCACGCGUCUGCCUUGGAAAACACCUAGCAAAUUGCGAAAUCCGCCUCAUCCUCUGCAAACUCCUCUACCACUUUGACGUAGCUCUACGCCCAGAGAGCACCAACUGGGCCGACCAGAAAGCCUAUUUCCUUUGGGAGAAGCCGGCUCUUAUGGUCACCCUGAAAGACCGAUUUCCAGACACCGGUGUAUCGGGAUCUCAGGAGGCCAUGACUAUGUUCUCAAAAUCAUAG